AUGAGCGAGAAGGCAGGACCGGGUGUUGGCUUCGAGUUCCCCAGCUAUGAGGUUUCCUGGCUCAAGCGUGACCUGCUGCUUUUCGCAGCGAGCAUCGGCGCUACCUACCCUGAGGAGUUGCACUUUCUAUACGAAUUGCAUCCUCAAUUCGCGGCCUUCCCUACGUACCCCAUCAUACUACCCUUCAAGCACACCGACCAGGAGGUAAUCGACUUCUACGCCCGCUCCAACGCCGAGCCCAUCGAUGGCGUACCCAAGUUCGACACCAAGCAUGUCCUCGAUGGCGAGCGCAAGCUCGAGUUCUUCAAGCCCAUCCCUGUGUCCAGCGAAGGUCGCAAGUUCGAAAUCAGGAGCAAGGUGCUCGGUGUAUACGAUAAGGGCAAGCCCGGCACAGUCGUUGAGACGGAGCAAAGGCUUGUAGAUGCAGAGUCCGGUGAGACAUACAGCAGAGCUGUUGGCAGUGGCUUCUACGUUGGCCAGGGAGGGUGGGGAGGUCCUAAGGGCCCCAAGGUCCCGAGCUACCCACCUCCCGACCGCGUGCCCGAUGCGACCCGUACCGUCCAGACCACCAUGGAGACCGCACACAUCUACCGUCUCAACGGUGACUACAACCCGCUUCACGCCGACCCUAAGCCCGGCAAGAAGAUGGGCUUUGGCGGCCCCAUUAUCCACGGCUUGUUCUCAUGGAAUAUGUCUGCGCACGCCAUCCUGCAGGCGUUCGGUGCAAGCAAGCCAGAGAACCUGAGGGAGUUCCAGGCACGUUUUGCGGCGCCAGUCAAGCCUGCUGAUAAGCUGAUCACGGAGAUGUGGAGGACCGGCGAGAAGCAUGACGGCGGAUUUGAGGAGAUCAGGUUUAUUGUGCGCGUGGAUGGUGGGAAGACGGUGUUGACGAACGGAAGGGCGAUUGUCAAGGUCGAGGGGCAGAUCAAGGCGAAGUUGUAA